AUGAAUCGCUUCAACGGUCCUGGUCCAAAUCAGUAUAAUUUACCACCGACAUUCGGUUUUGAUCACCAUGAUCCUCGAAAAGAACGAAAGCCAAUGUACUCGAUGAGAGCACGAACGCAAAUCGCUUACAAAACGAUAGGACCCGGUCCUGGGGCACCGUAUGAAGUGCAGAAGUUUACACGUUCGGGCCGUGCACACGAACUGUCCUACUCGAUGGGCAGCCGCUUGAACCCCCCGAAACAAGAUCUUAUUCCGGGCCCUACCCACUACGCUACGCACCUCGUUCCAGUAAUGAACGGUAAACGUGCUCCACAUUACAGCAUUCGAGCGCGGCUGAAGGACCCCAACAAGGACGAUUUUCCCGCUCCGAAUCAAUAUCUAGAUGACAUCCGUGUUGUUCGCCCGAAACCACCCUGCUAUACGAUGCAAGGGCGGUUCAAAGAACUACGAGUGUUCCAAUCACCUGGUCCCGACAAAUAUAUUCUUCCUACCUGUGAUGUAACACACAAGCGGCCACCGAAUUAUACGAUCCGAGCACGGUUUCCUGCGAUUGUCGACCGAAACCCACAUCCCGGACCCGGUAGUUACGGACUGGUGGACCAACAAGUGGGCGCAUCGGCUCCAAGCUACAGUUUCCGUAUGCGCUAUCCGCACUGGGCUACUACGAUGAUUGUGCCGGGCGAUCAGUGCUGA